AGAGCGAAAGAAGAGAGAGAGAGAGAGACCGACCAAAGAAGCUCCUCUCAGUCACUGUCGAAGCAUCUCUUCUUCUUCUUUUUUUCUCUCUCAGGCUCUCUAAUCGGCUUCUCCGGACAUGUAUGCUCGCAAUCCUCCCAUCAAUGGCUCACAAUCUGCUCAAGCUCCCGACUGGACCACCCCCGGAGAUGCCGAUACUACUGGACUCGAAGAAUCGAUGUGGCGAUUAGGGUUGGGUUGCGAGUCGUACCCUGAGCGACCAGGUGCCCCUGACUGUGCCUACUACAUGCGAACUGGUGUCUGUGGUUACGGUAAUAGAUGUCGUUACAAUCACCCUCGCGAUCGUGCCUCGGUUGAAGCAGCUGUUAGAGCUACAGGGCAGUAUCCAGAACGUUUAGGUGAACCCCCAUGCCAGUUUUACUUGAAAACUGGAACCUGUAAAUUUGGGGCGUCAUGCAAAUUCCACCAUCCAAAGAAUGCUGGUGGAUCCAUGACCCACGUUCCACUAAAUAUAUAUGGAUACCCAGUACGAGAGGGUGAUAACGAAUGCUCCUACUAUUUGAAAACGGGGCAAUGCAAAUUUGGUAUAACCUGUAAAUUUCAUCAUCCUCAGCCUGCUGGUACAACUGUCCCACCACCACCACCAGCAUCUGCACCUCAGUUUUAUCCAUCGGUGCAGUCACUUAUGCCUGACCAGUAUGGAGGUCCAUCUUCUAGCUUGAGAGUUGCAAGAACUCUUCUUCCCGGUUCUUAUAUGCAAGGCGCCUAUGGUCCAAUGCUAUUAACCCCCGGGGUCGUUCCUAUUCCAGGCUGGAGUCCUUAUUCGGCACCUGUGAGCCCUGCUCUAUCUCCUGGUGCGCAGCACGCUGUUGGGGCAACUUCUUUAUAUGGAGUUACACAGCUCUCUUCCACCACUCCUUCGCUUCCCGGGGUUUAUCCAUCUCUGUCCUCUCCUACAGGUGUUAUACAGAAAGAACAGGCCUUUCCAGAGAGACCUGGUGAACCAGAGUGCCAAUACUAUUUGAAAACAGGAGAUUGUAAGUUUGGAACAUCUUGUAAGUUUCAUCAUCCUCGAGAUCGGGUUCCACCAAGAGCUAAUUGCAUCCUCAGCCCCAUUGGUCUUCCUCUACGCCCGGGUGUGCAACGCUGCACUUUCUACGUACAAAACGGCUUCUGUAAGUUUGGAUCAACAUGUAAAUUUGAUCAUCCAAUGGGAACAAUCAGAUACAAUCCUUCUGCAUCGUCUCUAGCUGAUGCACCGGUGGCUCCUUACCCAGUGAGCUCUCUCUUGGGUGCUCUCGCAGCCGCACCUUCUUCUUCAUCGACUGAGCUCAUAACAGGCGGUGCAAAAGAUCCGUACUUGACCGGUGUGCCUACAUCAAGAAGCACAUCAAACAUCUCGGCAGGUUUGAUUUUAUCCCAGAGUGGUGGCUCAAUUCCAUUCUCUGACCUGCAACUCUCGAGCCAGACAUCUCUUCCUCUAACAGGUAGCAGAAUCACAAGACAAGGGCGAGAAAUUCGUCGAUCCUUUUGAACUGAUCACCUCAGAAAAGGGUACGCAUACGCAGUCCUCUGGAUCACCUUUAGCAAUUCUUAAUCUAUAUGAUUAUUAUAUAGAAUUAUGUGAUGUGAAUUUAUAUAUAUAUAUAUAUAUAUAUAUAAUCUUCGUACCUUAGAAGAAAAAAAAGCCUAUCAGAGUAGAAGACCUAAGUGAGAAUCACAUAUAUAUGAGAGGAAAUCUAUAUGUGCAUAUAUCAAAAGACAAAAACAAAACAAAAAAAAGGCUUCUUUUUAAAAAAAAAUUUGUGUAUAAUGUUUGUAUAGAGACAGACAAGGUUUCUUUGUCUUGUCCGUACUUCUACUUCAGAUCCAUUGCGGCUGAGAAAAAAAAACAGAGGCAAAGAGCUCAAUUCUCUUUUUCUUUUAGAUUAUUUUUUCCUUUUAGUCUACCAAUUGGUGAACUUCUCAUGUUAAGGUUUGUUUUUUUUUUUUGUAGUUGAAUGAUGUGUGUUGUUAAUUUUGUUAUGUUACUGCUUCACACAUUAUAUAUGUUACGGUGAGGAAGCAACCAAACAUUUAAAGACUAUUUUUGAAGAUUGGCACCA